AUGGUAGCUCUUCUCUUCUCUCUUCUCUUUCUCAAAAUGUUCUCUUCUUCUAAGAGAAACAAAUCAUGUUUGAGUUACCCUCCAAGCCCACCAUCACUUCCCAUAAUUGGUCAUCUCCACCUCCUCAAACCUUUAAUCCACCAAGCCUUCAAAGACCUCUCACACAAAUAUGGACCCAUUAUACUCCUUAAAACCGGUUCGGUUCGGUUCGUAGUUGUAAGCAACCCAUCUCUUGCCAAAGAGUUUCUCAAAGAAAACGAGCUCACAUACUCUUCUCGGAAAAUGAAUAUGGCUAUAAACAUAGUUACCUACCAUGAUUCCACCUUUGCUUUUUCCCCAUAUGACACCUAUUGGAAGUUUAUGAAAAAACUCAGCACCAGUGAGCUUUUGGGGAGCCGAACUUUGUCCCAGUUUCUCCCCAUUCGAACGAGGGAACUCCAUGGGUUCAUUCUAUCUCUGGCUGAAAAAUCAAUGGCUAAUGAGAGUGUAAACCUAACCGAAAUGCUUAUGAAGCUCUCCAACAACAUCAUAUCUCAAAUGAUGCUCAGCAUCAAGAGUUCCGGGACAGAUAGCCAAGCCGAAGAGGCUAGGGUUUUGGUCCGAGAAGUGACUAAGAUCUUCGGAGAGUUCAAUGUUUCGGACUUUUUAGAGUUCCUUAAGGUGUUGGACUUGCAGGGUUUCAAGAAGAGAGCCAUGCAGAUUCAUAAGAGGUAUGAUGCAUUGUUGGAGAAGAUUAUCUCUGACCGCGAGAAUCUAAGAAAGAAUAAGGGUUGUGAUGAUGAUAAUGAUAAUAAAGUGAAGGAUUUUCUUGACAUUUUACUUGAUGUCUCCGAGGAUAAAGAUUCUGAGGUUGAGUUGACCAGAAAUCAUAUCAAAUCAUUCAUCCUUGAUUGUUUCACAGCAGCCACGGAUACAACUGCAAUCUCAGUAGAAUGGUCAAUAGCUGAAUUAUUCAACAACCCAAGGGUAUUGAAGAAGGCACAAGAAGAGGUAGACAGAGUCUCUGGGAACCAAAGACUGGUGUGUGAAAACGACACUUCAAACCUUCCAUACAUCCAUGCCAUCAUAAAAGAAACACUAAGGCUUCAUCCUCCAAUACCUCUUCUUAUGAGAAAGGGAAUCAAUGAUUGUGUAAUUAGCGGUUACAACAUCCCAAAGGGCUCAAUUUUAUGCAUUAAUAUUUGGGCCAUGGCCCGAGACCCAACAAUAUGGGACAGCCCACUAGAAUUUAGGCCCGAGAGAUUUCUUGAAGGCCAAGGAAAUGCCUUAGAUACCAAAGGACAUCACUUCGAGCUGUUGCCCUUUGGUACUGGAAGGCGAGGUUGCCCCGGCAUGCCCUUGGCCAUGAGGGAGCUGCCUGCCAUUAUUGGAGCUCUUGUUCAAUGCUUUGAUUGGAACAUGUUUGACUCCAAAGAGAAGUUGUUUGAUCAUGGAAUACCUAUCGAUAUGGAUGAACGGCCAGGAUUAACUGCUCCUAGAGCCCAUGAUCUUAUUUGCAUCCCAGUUGCAAGACUCAAUCCUAUUCCAUUUCUACAACUGUAG